AAGUGGUAAAGGUUCUUUUUGGAACCAUUGAUGCCACUUUUACUGAUGCCAUUGACACUCUUCUUUUUAAGAGUGUUGUUAGGAUGUGUCUGAAAUGGUUGGUUUAAUGGGUUUUGUGCUUUAACGACUCUGACCAUCAAGUUGGGGAGAAUUUCCUGGCCACAUGGGGCUUUUGUUUACUGCUGGUGUGUCUGUGAGUGUGUGUUGUGCACCAGCUCUUGAACUCCUGCUGUCCAAUCAGCUUUAUCCUGCACAGGCAUCACUUCCUUCCCAAUGGCUACUGCAGUCAAUCUGUGUAUUCAUCAAAGCGUGUUUGUCUGCAGUGGUCCUAUCCGGAUCCCCACUGCUAAAAUCCCACCUCCUCCCAGCUGACCCUCCCAUCCCCCUUCCCACACACCCGUGCCACAUGAGGCCCUGCAGUGUGACUCAGUGGACAAACUUAACACCAGUCUGAGAGUCUGGGCCAGGCUUUCCCAGUCCACACACCUCAAUUUGCCAGCGCAAGAGACACCCAGGGUCAGGCUUUCCCAUUCUGUAAAGCCCUGCUAUGGCGAAUUCCCUGAAGGUAAAUGUAGCACUGAUGGCAGAGGGGGAGAUCAGAGAGGAGAAAGAGGGAGCUAAAGAAAUGGAUGAUACCUUGGAUGAGCCUGCAGAGGAGGAGGAGGAGGAUGAGGAUGAGGAGAGGAAGGCACGGGCCGCAGCAGAGGAGGCAUCAGCCAGAGAGAGAGCCACUCAGAGACAGCUUAUGACGAUAGAGGAGAUGGUGCAGACUGAGAGGAACUACCUGAAACAUCUGCAGCUCUGUACGGUCACCAUCCACAGCAACCUGCAGAAACUUCAGACUCCUCCUCCAAACCUGGAGAACAUGUUUCUGCACAUAGAUGAAGUGAUGGAUGUUUCCAGCAGACUCCUGAGCCUCCUCGACCAGGCACAGAUACAUCACAGCGACUCGAAAUACCUGGAAACACUCUGUGAUUCUUUCCUGAGUCUGUCUCAAGACAUAGAGAUGGCUUAUAAAGAGUAUCUUGCCAACUACAACAACAUAACAGCUCUAGAGAACAGCUACAAACAGAAAGAGGCGCUGUGGAUGGAAAUGGUCCGAAUCAUCAAGUCAUCUGCUCCUGAUGUGAAUGCAUCCACUCUGAGCUUCUUCCUGGUGAUGCCGGUUCAGAGAAUCGCCCGUUACCCGCUGCUGCUCCAGACCAUCCAGAAACACACAGACCCCGGGCACCCUGCCUACCCCAUACUGGAGCACGCUGCUCACACUGCGGUCCAGAUCAACUGCAGGAUCAAUGAAUACAAACGCUUCCGUGAAGUCGCUGACAAAUACAAGAAGACAGAGAACUUGACCAUCAAGGACAAAAUCAAUCGGCUGAGUGGCCACAGCAUUGCCAAGAAGACAGCCCGGUUCAGCCAGUACAUAAAGCACGAGACUGGAAUGGUACCAAAGUUGAAAGAUGAAGAAUUUGAUGCCCUUGCUGGCUUCUUCUUUGUCCUGGAGAGGGGCGUAUCAGAGCUUCAUGAUAACCUGGAGGCCUAUCUCCACCAUCUGCAGAGGUUCCUCCGCUGCAGACCAGAGGAAGCAGAUGUUGAUCUGGAAGGAGAGAAAACCGCCUUGUUCUCUAAAGAAAUCACAGUGGCACUCAGACAGUGGAUCUACCCCUCAUAUGAGGAGCGUUUGAAGACUUUAGUCUUUAAGCCCUUGAGCUCCUUGCGGGAACUGAUGGCAGGACCACGUAACCUCAUCCGCAAACGCCAGGACAAGCUUCUGGACUAUGAGCUGAUCGAGGAGAAGAGUAACCUGAGCUUUGAGGAGCAAGCCAUAGCGAACACCUACAAGACCAUGAACACUCUCCUGCUGACCGAGCUGCCGCAGUUCAACAGCAAAGCCCUGCAGCUCCUGUGGGCCACGCUAGAGGCCUUCAGCUGCCUGCAGAGAGACCUGGCUGCUGAUAUGGAGCAGCUGGCCACCAGCUUCACCCAUCAGCUCCCACACAGUUAUUUGGAAGAUGGUGAGUUCUGGAAGUGGGCAGAGACUUCGGUGCUGGAGGGUUCGAGGAGGAUGGAGAGCCUGUGUCAGAGUGUUCAGCAUGAGCUCAAUGCUCCCAUUGUGCAGGUGCUCAAUCCCAUUUGUGAACGGCGUCUCAAGGCUCUGACUGCCAAGCACGGCUCGGAGAAGAUCUACCAGCUGACAGGCCCUGUGGUGGGCACCCGUGACCUUGACCUGACCCUUAACAAGGGAGAGCUGGUAGCUGUCGUCAGUGAGAUGGACACGCGAGGAGACCGUCGCCGCUGGUUGGUUGAUGCAGGAGGUAAAACAGGCCCGAGGGGAUAUGUGCCUGCCUCAAAACUGACACGCUACCACCAGCUAACCGUUGACCCGCCGCAGUCUCCUCAUCUGAACGUCACACCCAGUGGUCCAGGACCGAGAAGACACUCCUACACCCCCGGAGCCCAGCCGCUGCUGACCACCAUGACCACUCCCUGUUUUCAGGUGUACGCGGGCUAUGACUUCACUGCGAGGAGUGCCCACGAGCUUUCUCUGAGGGCCGGCGAGCCGGUGCGGGUGGUGGAGCCUCACGAUAAGCGUGGAAACAAGGAAUGGAGUCUGGUGGAGGCGCGUGGCCAGAGAGGCUACGUCCCCUCCAACUACCUCGCCAUCCUCCCCUCUGUGAUCUCCUCACCCACCUUCCCUUAUCGCUAGAAUAUCCUCGUCAUCUGCUGCUGAUACAACUCAUCUAGCCAGUGUCCAAACACACACAGACCAUGAGAAACACUUUCCCUGAAGGGCCCUUCAUGCGUGAGGGGGCGGAUGGCUGCUGUUUGGUGCAUCAUUUGACUGGUGUAUGUACUGGAGUGCCGCUUGGGCCCUGCUCGUCCAUAUACUUGAUCUCCGCUUUGCCCCGGGGCUGUUACCGGUGGAGAUCGUUUUAUCCAAUGAGAGAUGAGCUGCGGGUGCAGCAGACAUGCUGUUGUAGCACAUGGCUGCUGGUGGAGUGUGCUGUUUCCUAUAGUUACCACUUGGAUCUACACCUCAACUGUCCAUUGGAAUGACGCGUUUGGCGGACCUGGUACUACUUUGCUAUUGAAAUGGAGAAUAUUUAGGUUUUUACUGCUGAGAAUUGAUCUCAUUUUAUGAGUCAGACCUCUGUUGCAUUGGUUUCCAGCCCACUGGAGAUGACUAACAUGCAGACUUGAAGACAAGAUCUUACAAAACAUUUUUACAAAAUGCUUGUUUGUGCACUGUUUUAAUAAUACUUGAUAGACAGUUUUUAGUUAUUUAAAUUUGCACUGUGGAUCAAAAAAAUAUUUGGACACUUGGGGUAUGCUUAAUGUAUGCCAUUAAUGCGUAGAUGACGAAAUAUCAAUCCAAGUGAUGUUUAUUUAAAAAACUUAUCCAAUAAAUCUUUUUAAGCAGAACUUCUCACAAUAAAAAGCUUGUUAAAUUAAAAAUGAUUAAGCAAUAGAUGUACUGCUUAAAAUUAAAGCAAAUAAAAUGUAGUUUGAUGCAAUAUAAUGCCAAUAUCACCUGAUAUUUGGCAAUUUUUAUGUUGAUUUAAUAAGUGUUAAAAUACUUUUAUUUUGACAGUGAUGAAAAUGCAACACAUAAAAGCUCCUAUUCUUCAAAUUGGAAACGCAUAAACUUUUAAAUUCUUGAUUUGUAUAUAAACUGAUUGAUUUAUAUCCAGUUGGCUGCUAUGUCAUAUUCAUGUUAUAAUUAUUGUGUACUAUAUUUGAAAUUAGUAUUAGCUGGUCUUUAUUUGAGAAAAUAUGUUUCCCAGUGUUCACACACUUACAAGAUUACCGAGUGCACUGUUGUUGUUUUUUUAAACAAAUUAAGUACUGUAAUUCAGUUACAGAAUAUAUGAAGUAAAAAUCUGUUAUUUUACAGAUAUUUUUUUUAGGAUUAAUCAUGUUGAAUUUUUCAUAUUGAUUCCUUUUUUUCUAAUUUUGUUAUUAUUACCUAAAAUAAAUAUAUAUUUAAUUGCUCUCAAAGAUAUCAGCUUUGAGAAAAUCAAUAUCAGUUGAACACUAAAAAAAAUAAAUAAAAAUCUUUAAUACUUUCUGGUUGUCAAACGUUAGUAGUUCAUAGUUAAUGUGAUGAAAUACACCUAUGGUUAUGAUUUGUUUGCAGAUGCUUUUUGGAUUGAUAUUUACUUAUUUAUGCAAUGGCAUUCAUACAUAUUUAAUGGUGUCUUAAGUGUCCAGGUACUCUUUGGAGCCGCUGUGUGGGUGGAUGUCGAACACACUGUAACGAUGCUGAAUUAUUAAGCUAUUCUUAUUGAUUGCAUGCAGAUUCAGUUAUGGCUGCUGCACUGUGCUUGUAUUGUGACCUCAUAAUAACCUCUGCGAUGAAGAACUCAAGCCAUGUCGAAAGAUUCAAGAGUGCAGAUGAUUUGCUGCAGUGUCCGUCAUGAAUCUGCCUGCAGUUGCAUCUGCUGUCCACCAGAGGCGCCAGAGCAUCCUCUGUGAAGACUGGCAUUGCUGCCUUACUCAGUGCUGGGCUAAUCCUCCAAACAGUCAUAUAUUAUUCAUCUGAUCCUCACAAUCGCCUUAACAGGGAUCCAGUGAGAGGCAGUUCAGCCAGCCCCUGAAUAUGGCAUCAUCUGUACAUGUCGCUUUGAAGAGAUUUUGAUUUUAUUUAUUCCAAAUGUCAUUAAAUCGACUCCGUCUUGAAUUAACCCAUCAGACCCACUGCAGUCCAUCUCAUAUUUUCACACUUCUGUUAUUCUGAGACGCGUGACCAGAAAUUAUUCAUCAAAAGCAGCAAGCAGGCAGCUUCGGCUGAAGGUUUCUGCCUGACCUCUGAGUGCUCUAUUUAUGCCCAGCAGAUUAAAACACUGACGCAUUUCCGCCUCCGUCUGCUGCAGAGCUUUAUUUUGGAGAUGUGCAUUGGGUUUGAGGCCGCUUUUAGCCCGAGUGCAGCUAUUCCUCUGAGAAUGUGCAAAUGUCACAGCAGGGCUGAUGAUGACUGUGUUUUGUCACGCUGCAGGCAGAGCAGAGAUGCUGCGGCUCGACGUCCGAGAGAGCGCCGCCUGUCAAUCGCUCCUGCUUCCGUUAAGAGCUGCUUGUCAGCAGAGCUUUGAUGCACUGAACCCCCACAGCUACCACUUCCUCUAUGCGACAGAACUCAAAGCUCUAUAAAUAAAUUUCUCUAUUCAAUAGUCUAAAAAUAGCCUGCUUGUCGGCAGGAUCCCUCUAUGGCUCCCCCUGUUGGAGCAGCUGGGGACCUCGGCUGCCGUUCCUCUCUGUCUCGGUCUCGGUCUCUCUCUCUCUCUCUCUCUCUCUCUCUCUCUCUCUCUUUCUCUUUCUCCUAUGGGAGGUGCGUCUCUCACAUUACAUCGAAUCGUGCCCUGGCCUUACUCUCCGUCUCAGCUGAAGAGCCGUGGGGAAAUGCUACGGUAAUUAGAUAUAUUAUGUAUCCCUCACAGCAUUACAUACUAUGAAGCAUUUCCUUGUGGGAGAGCAAGCAAACCCAACACCUCUGUUCCAGCACCCUGCAUUAGAUGUCUGUUUGUGUUCAUAUUAGAGAGAGAAGAGAGGAUGAGCCAUGCAGUAGGGGUUUUAGAAGUCUGCAGUAAACCUAAUUUCCACAAUUUAAUUUAUUGUCUAUUUUGGUGGCACUGCAAAAAAAAAUGUCUUUUUUUUUUUUUUUCAGUAAUAUCUGAACAUGCUUUAAACAAGAUUAAAUUAUUUGACAUUAAGAUGUUUUUAGAGUUUAUUCUUCUUACCUCAC